AUAAGGACGAACGUCGGCAAAGUUGCAUCAGUUGAUUAAAACUCCUGUGGGAUUUCAGGAUAUUUGCUGAUCACUUCCACAAUGCUUCUACUAUUGUGUAUAUGCUUGAGUGUUGUAACAUCAGGAUAUGGUGACAACAGCCGUCCGCUCGGCUACACCGAGGUUCUGGUAAGAGCUCACUCCCCUCCAGAGAGAAGAUCGUCAACAGUGAUCUCUACCGUACGACAGUAGAGGAACUAGUUCGUUCGAUAAAGCCUGAUCGACUUCUACAACUUGGCCAAUACCUUCAAGAUGAGGACGUGUCUGUGAUGAAUCUGCUUCAGUUGGACGCUGACCCAGAGAACGAGACAGAGAAGGUGCCCUCUGACUUGUGUUCUAACAAUACUGGGCUCAUCCUGACCCAGGCGGCCGCGGGAGAUCGAUGGGCACUAGCCAUGCUAGACGCCGCGGCUAAGCCCGACAGCAACAUACUUGGAGGUCAGGUGACGUGGGUAGGGUCCUACUUGGAGUGCAUUGAGACACGAGCCACGAUCUACCCCGGGCCCAAAAUUGAGACUGAACCGGAGGUGCUGUAUGAAGGUCAAUACUGCACCUCAGCGCUGCCCCUAACACCCGGCACACCACAGACCGCGGGGUUUGGAGAGUCAUAUCCUGGAAUCAAGAUCGGCGUCUGUUUUCCUAGCACCUGCUCAGAAGCUGAUGUCACUGCCCUUCUCAAUGCAGUGCUGGAGACAGCCAAUACCAGCCUCAGGGUGGGAUCCACCGUCUGCCAGAAGAAGACACAAGACUACAACGCCAACGCCAUCAUUGUACUGUUGGUCCUGUCACUGUUUGUGACGGUGAUGGUAACGGCCACGAUGUACGACAUCGUGUGGGUGCAGAUGCCGAAAUGGGAGAUGGAGAAACAGAAAGCAGCAGGAGAUGUGGGGACCACGGUCAACAUCAAGGACACAUCGGAGUCCAUAGAGACGACACCUCUGUUGAAGGACAAAACAGCGUCGCAGCAACUGUCCCGGACAACAGGUGUUGCCGCUCAGAUGUUGUUGUCCUUCUCUGUGUACACCAACACCGUCAAACUGUUGUCCCUGUCCCAGCCCCCGGGAUCCAUCUCCAGCAUCCACGGGAUCAGGUUCUUCAGCAUGACCUGGGUCAUCCUCGGACACUCCUUGGCCUUCGCUACUGGAGCCUCGCAAAAUGCGGCUUCCUACAUUCCAAGGGCUUUAAAGCACUGGUCGUUCCAAGCCAUUGCUAACGCCACCGUGGCUGUAGACACUUUCUUCACUCUCAGCGGUCUUCUGGUAGCUUACCUGGUGCUGAAGGAGCUGUCCCGCAACAAGGGCAAAAUCAACUGGUUCAUGUUCUACUUCCACAGAUUCUGGAGGCUGACCCCUGCGUAUAUGCUGGUCAUCACGGUGUACGUCCCACUGUUCAAACACUGGGGAGAAGGACCACUGUGGCCUCAGGCCGGCAUUGAACCUACCAACUGCAAACAAUGGUGGGGCAACCUCCUCUACAUCAACAAUAUCCUCGACAUAGAGAAUCUGUGCAUGGGUUGGUCCUGGUACCUGUCGAACGACAUGCAGUUCUACAUCCUCAGCCCCCUCGUCUUCAUGCCGUUCUUCCAUUCCUGGAAGGCAGGGACUGCGUCGGCGAAUGACGUUCCUGCUGACGACGUUCAUCACCUCCGGCAUCAUCUCCAAACAUUACGGCCUCCCUGUCAGCAUGUUAACCAACCCUGGACUCUGGUGUAUAUGGAGAAAUACUACUUCAAACCCUACACCCGUAUCGGGCCCUACAUCGUGGGUCUGUUGGUUGGCUACCUGCUCUACAAGACCGACUGCAAGUAUAAAAUGUCCAAGUCUGUAAAUUUGUUAGGAUGGGCCACAGCGACGGCCGUCUCCCUUGCUGUGUUGUAUGGCCUUUACAACGAUACCAAUGGACACCCUCUCACCGUCGACGUAGCCGCAUUCUACAACGCUAUGCACAGGACUGCUUGGGGAGGAUGUGUAGCGUGGGUGGUGUUCGCAUGUGCAACUGGGAAUGGAGGCUUCGUGAACACCCUGCUGUCCUGGCGUGCCCAUCCCCUGAGUCGUCUCACCUACACCUGCUACCUUGUCCACCCCGUCAUGAUGUACGUCUACUACUACGGUCGACAGCAGCUCUAUUCCUUCUCUACAGUAGAUGUGAUAUGGACGUUCUUUGGCAACCUGACAGCUACCUACAUCAUAGCAUAUGUGACAUCUCUUGCAUUUGAGGCUCCGAUGAUGGGGCUGGAGAAGACGCUCCUCAAGAGAAAGAAAUCAUAGCACCAGCACACCAAACUCCAUCAUAUUAAAUGAAAUUACAGAGACAUUUUGACCACAAGUGCAAUGUUUUUCCUCCUCACUAACACAAAGUAUGUCUCCAUAUUUUCAGCAGAAUAACAUUUAUCAAUAUUCAUAUCUAAGUGCUGUUUCUGCAAGACUCUGUACACCAUGCUCCAUAUAACCAGGGGUGGAAAUAACUUUAAAAUUGCUAGUGAGCUCUGGUACAUUGGCACAUGUAAAAUCACUUGCCUUGAUAAUUUUUCCACUAUACUGAUUGUUGAUUUUUUAAAUAAACAACAAAAUUAA